UCCGAUGAUAAAGUGGUUUAUUUUCAUUAUGGUCGCAGAUGACAGCAGAAUAAUUUCAAAGUCGAAAGUGAGAUCAUUUCUUAUCCAGGAAAUGUCGAAAUGGCGAAUAAAUGUACCAAGACAUUGAAUUAGCAAUGUCGGGUAUAUUCCAGGACAAUUGUCAGUGGCUUUCCGUCACGGAGGAAACGCUGUUUCUGCACGAUGGACUGAUCAGGGUCACCGAUUUGGUCGAACUUCCUCGUGAUGUAAAUAGUUCCUCAGAAGGUGACAAUGAAGUCGUAACGUUUGAUUUGAAAACACCGAAGGAAUUAAGCGAUAGAUUGCUAGCUGUGUGUGGCACACAAAAUAAUGCCUACUCCAGGUUGCUCGAGUAUCGCUUGAAUGCGCUGAGGGGCUAUUGGAAUGCACAAAGGCAGGUGUUGAUCGACGAACAACAGGACAGAGACAACACCACGCAUGAGGAAACAAUAGCUCUGUUGAAAAAACAGGGUAUUUUCAAAGAUCCAGAACAAGCUUCUUUUUCCACGAGAAUCAGCGUUCUUUUAGUUAUUCCACUCUUACAAUCACAGAGUAGAGUAGACCCAAAUCUGUGUGGAGUCACAGCGGAACUGCUUUUGAACUGUCUUAGAGAUUGUGCUCCUCUAACUUUGUUUAAGGAACCAGGCGAUUGCUUGAGAGGUCUUGAAAAUCUGCUUUGCACUUGGCUAGGAGAAGACAGCAAUGAUGUCAACAAUAAACAGUUGGUUAAAGAUACUAUGCAGCGUAAAAAUACGGCUGCAGCACUUGUUGCACUUGCAUGUGCAAGAGGUCACCUAAAGACGUUCAUCCACACGGUACACCUACUGCAGUCGCUGUCUGACCUUGAUAGUUUACCUGUUGUGGACAUCCUCACACGACUGCUGGAGACGGAGGGCGGCCAGACACAGCCCACAGCCCUACUGGGCACUAAACAUGUCCUGUGUUGGGGCUUUGAGGACUUACUGGGAGGGACUGAAAAGGAGGCAACCAAUGGCAAUAAGGAUAGCAAAGACAGUGAUGUAGGGCGCAGUAUCACUUGUGAUGGAGCGUUUCUCUACACAACUAACUCACAGGGCAAAGGCUUGGCUAAGAUGGGCACAGGACUGCAUGGCUCUCUCAGGGGCUACGUGUAUGGUAGAAAUGUUGACUUAGGCCCAGGAAAAGCCGCCUUUGGUAACGGUACACUACUCUACAGACCACAGUCUUUUGACCAGGAAGCAAAUCUCACAAAUAUGUGUCAGCUAAUAGACAUCAACUCCUUACAGUGUGUGAAGACGAUACCCAAACCUGAGGAGUACCUCCAUGAGGGACCUCAGACCACCAUAGCUUUCUGUAGUGAUGCCACCUACUUCUACUGGCUGUGGUGUCCUGGUCUCGCCUCUGACAAAAGUGUGAAGGGACUGAACGUGUACCUAGAUGUCUUCUCACACGAGUCGGAGGACAAUAGUAUCAAACCACUACAAGCCCGUGUGAUUCUACAAAAGAAGGACGAAUCCAGUGCCAAAUCCAUCAACGAGACACUGCUCUCCCGAUUACGUCCCUUUAGAGGGAACUCUUCAGCUGCCACUCUCGUAGCAUUAACAGGAGGGGAUGCCACACCUGGAAGAAAAGAUGACGCCACACUGAUGGUGGGGAGCACCUCGUGUGGUGUCUCUAUGAAGAGUCUGGUGAAGGCCCCAGUCUACUGUGAUGGGAGUACCUUGGUAGUACUCACACCUAUGUCUGGAGCAGGGAGUAACAGCUCCGCCUCCCGGUCACUGUUUGGCACCGGAGGCAAUCUCUCAGGUUUCAGAUUGUUGGCAAGUAACAUGUGUUUCAAUGUGAAGGACGGCCAGUUUAACACCAGGAUAGACCUGACUGAUGCCCCUACCUGCUCCCUUGGGAGAGGUGCACCCCUAGCUGGGCUUGGCGUCUGUUUUGAUUUGACUAAUAACUCUAUCUGGAUGUCAAGUAAUGAUUGGGUCGACCAAUUCUACAACCAUGGUCACCAGGCACCUCACCACAUCAACCGCCGUCUCAAAAUAUCACCCGCUGGUCCCCUCCAGUCGGAUGGAAACAACAUAGAGACGGAGGUGGUGAUCAAACACAUCCUUCACCACGUCGGGAAUAUGUGUCUCCACCAGAUAAACAACGACCUGCUACACACGCCCCUCGGCUCGUACAUCCUCCAGCAGCACCCCGCAGAUCUUACACACAUGACACGUAUCUGUCACAUCCUACAGCGUUCCAUAGAGAGAAAGGACAGCCAGGUCGUCAUCUGUACACUCAUCAUCCUACAGUUAAUAUUUAAGAUCAGCAUGUUUAAGAGGGAGAGAGAAGGAGAGGUCCAGCUGUUACAGAAAGCCAGUUCCCUGGUAUGGCACCUGUUGACAGACUACCCACAGUUAUGUCCGGAUGACCCGAGACUGACCGCUGUCCAGAAUGAGGCGUGUCAGGUGUUAACAUCAGGGUUACAUGUCCUCUACCCGGAACCUGAUGAUAAAAACAAACUCCUGUUUCAGCUCCUGUCUGAUGGCGGUCAGAAUCCAUCACUAGAAAAGCUGAGAAACAUGAUCCUGAUCGACCUGUCAGAGAAGCUUCGUGCCCAGUCUCUGUCUCGAGACGAGAUGAAAUAUGCCCGGCUAAAAGAUGACCUUGUCAAUUACAUCCUAAAGACAGCGGUCAAGGAGUCAUGUUUGCUACUGCAGGAGUCUCUGACCCUGGACAAGGCCCAGUUUGAAAUCCUCCAGGCCUCGGUUCCGCAUGCAUCAUCCUGUCUGCGUUUUAUGAUGGCUCUACAGUCACAUCUUCUGAGGGAAGUGGUUCUCCUGAAAUCUUCUGAUAAUGGAGAUGACAGUCAGGCAAAGAACGAGACAGAACUCCAGGAGUUGAAGAUGAUGAUAAUAACUCUGGCAUCUAACAUCUUUGAUGGAUCAUGUCAGGUGUUGGAGGUGCUGCUUGACACCUGUAAUUCCAUCAUUACCCAGUACAAGGAUGACCUGGAGUGUCGACUCCAGGGACUGGAACGCAUCUCCAAGGCGACCAUCCUCGGCCACCUGCUGCCUGUCCUGUUGACCACGAUGACCCACGCCAACCUACGCUGGCUGUCUCUAGCUGACACACUCAUGCCUAAACUUGUCCACCUGGUCGUACUGACCAGCCAGGCGGCCCUACUGCUGAAAAGUCAGGUCCAGGCGGUUAUACAGGAGGAGAUGGAUAUGGAGUCUGACAUGGAAUUCAUCGAUCUGAUUGGUCAGACUAUCAACAUCACAGUGAAUGAGUUGAAGGACAAGGAGGAGCAGGGAUUCCUGGUCGGCCUCAAGAUCCCUGCCCCGUGGUCGUCGGGCAAGGCGCUAGAGAGUAUCCACCCUGUCCGUGAUAACUACAAGUUUAAGGAGACAGUACACAUUCCGGGGGCCCGCUGUCUCUACCUGAGGUUUGACCCGCGGUGCUCAUCACAGUACGAUUAUGACAAGCUUGUGCUGUAUGCUGGAUCGACCACCACUGCUAAAAAGGUGGCAGAGUAUGGAGGAAACACGUUUGGCUUUGGCAGCAGGAGUGUGCUGGGAUCUGGCUGGCCCAAAGACCUUGUAAAGGUUGACGGUGACAGCGUUACAUUUUCCUUUGAGAUGCGGAGUGGACGUGAACACAACACGCCAGACAAGGCCAUGUGGGGAUUCCAUGUCACAGUCCGGGCCCAGGAGUCGACAGAGGAGGUGUCCAGUGGUCUCCCCUUUCUGGCAGACCUGGCCCUCGGUCUGUCUGUACUGGCCUGUACCAUGCUACAACUGCUGUACCAUGGACCAGAGACGUCCCGCGAGGAGGGAAGCUGUGCCCACCUUCUCAAGUCCAAGUUCCUACAGAGGUGUGUGUGGCAGUCCCCAUCAGUACUGACCCUGUCGCCUUCCAGCAGCCCCCAGACGUCCGACACACUGUCGCCUCUCCCCAGGGUCAGACUUCCCUCCGAGGUCUUACAAGGUCUACGGAAACUCUCCAAACGUCAGAAGGUGCCGCUCAGGCAAAGCAUGAGAGAGAUCCUACAGCCAGAUGUUUUGGAGGAGAGGAUCGUGUCGACUGUAAUUAAACAUCUGUCACUGGAGGAUACUGUACACCACAUCAUGUCAGAGGAACAGGAACACUCGGACGAGUUCUCCCUCCUGUGUGUCGUGGUGGAAGAGGUGUAUCGUAGAUACAACACACUCAUGAGACAGCUACAGGGCCUGGCUGACCUGGAACAAAGAUGGUACAAUGAGGUACAGGAACAUAAGGCUGACAGUCAACAGGCUUCUCCGUUCUUCAACGAUUAUCAUCUACAGGAGGGUAACAUGAAGGAGCUGCACAUGCUAUGCUUCGUCAAGGAUGUCCAACUAGACCCUGCCGAGGUAGAGGAUGCCAUGAAAAUGUUAAGGUCCAAAUUUGAUGAGGAUGUGAGGUCAAAUGAGGUUGUUGCCAAGGAGAUGUGUAUGGUGCGGACCAAGCAUAUCGUCAUGGGAAUCCUGUCCAGACUAGACCUGUUACUACAGGUGACCAUCACCCCACACUACAGUGAGAUGAUGACCAGGACUGUCUCUCAUUACUCAGAAAUUCCACAGACAGGUGGGUGUGUGAGGUCAGACACUGACAUGGCACAGCCAGUCCACGUGUUAUCACGGAGCAUGUCCGCUCCCACCGGUGUGGAGAGUGUUUACGAUGAAACUGUACUUGAAGUUCUCAAGAUACGCAGUAGGAAGCGCCAUGGCAAGAGAAAGGGCCCAGCCUCUGUACUCCAGGAACUGGCGGAGGACGAUAAUAAAGAUGUUCCCCCACACGUGGUUCUAGUCGAUCAACUCUUCUCCUUUAUUGGCAGUGAUCCGGAGAAAGCUAUUUCCAGUAAGGACUUCCUGUCGGCAGCUCAGACACGCUGGCGUCGUGGAAACACACGUAAACAGGCACUAGUACAUAUGAAGGAGUUACUGACAGCUGCGUCGCGCGUGGGAGGUGCCACUCACCUGGUGGCUGCUGUCACAGCCGUUUUACAACAUGGCCCAUGUGUUGAGGAGCUGACCUGUGGUGGGAUGGUGAACCAGGUGAGAGAGGCAUUUGCGGAGACCAUGACGUCCGUGGUACAGUUGGCCGCACACUAUCCCAUAGCCUGCUGUAACAGUAUCGGGCUCCUCUGUAUCAUACCCUACACCAGGGCAGAGGAGAAGUGCCUGGUGCGGUCUGGGCUGGUCCAUCUGUUAGACAAGCUAUGUAGUCUAGCCAAUCACAGGACAGACAGCUCCAACACGGAGACCCAGUCGACCAAUCAGAAGGUGUCUGCCAUGGCAUGGGCAGGCUUCCAGGUCCUCGCCAACCGCUGUGUCAUGUGGGAGAUAGAGGAUGGGCUACACCUGGAGCAGUUAGAACACUCUGGUCUGGCUCGCCAGGUGUCUGUGUUACUGACCAACCACCUGGCCCGCGCCACCGAGUGUAUCGGUAAUGAGGCUGCUGGGACAGAGGCCCUACAGGACGUUCUCAGUCUCCUCAACAACCUGUCUCGUAGUCGCAUGGGCCGAGCUAUCCUCAGCCAGCCUGCAUGUGUCUCCAAACUUCUAUCACUGCUGCUCGACCAGAGGCCGUCGCCGAAGCUGGUGCUGAUCAUAUUACAGCUGUGUCGUGUGGCAUUACCGCUGAUGAGUACACUAGACUGUGAGACGGUAGAACUGCCCGCCUGGGGUCAGCACCUCUACUCCAGCCACUGGAGCACAGCCAAGUCCAUAUCUGACCCUCCCGCUAAGAUUGUCAGCCUCUUACUGGCCAAACUCGGAGACUUCCUUGUCCCAGGUGAUCAUGCGACCAUCUGUAGUCGACGCCCAUCUACAGACAACCUCCACCGUGGGGGCUCCAACGGGGGGAUGGACAAGGACAAGGUGGAGGACAGUGAUAUACAGGCUGGAAGGCUGUCAGUGUUUAUACACAAACGAGAGGACCAACUGUCUCACGAGGUCAUACAGCCACUGCUCAGCUCGGACAAUCGUCCAUUCAGACUUGGUGGUACUGCCAACAUGGAGAGAGUAGUGCGUAUGGACAGAGAAAUGACAAAGUAUGGUAAGGCGGAGGUAACAACAGAAGACGCUGGUAGUGCCUUAAAGAAGGCAGCCAAGUGGGCCCAGAUGGGGUUGGUGGUGUCCACGGGGCCGCCCAUAGACACUCAGCAGCCGGAGCCACCCACAGGGGACAAGAAGAAGACAGCCUUCGAGGUGGUGUGUAGGGAGAGGAACUCUGAACUAGCCAGAACUGACCCGGUGAGACCAUUUAUCAGUGGACAUGUGGCCAACAACAUGGCUGCAGAAGUGAUUGCUCUCCUACAUGGGUUGCUGACUGCUCCCCAGACCAACACUGCACAGUCCUGGGCAGAGGCUGUACAAAGGGUGUUGAACAACUCACUGACAUGUCUGCCUCUGCUGUAUUCUGGUCUGGACGCCCUGAGCUCCCCACGGACCAGCUGUAAACAGCUCAUGUCCAUGGCUAAGCUUGCCAAUGCUGCUCUGUGUGCUCUCGGCGGCUUCAAGGAGAUCAUCAAACCGGGCUGUAAUGCCAAGGUGGUAGGUGCAGGUAUUCACAAUACAACGGGCACUGUACUGAGUGUGUCGGAACAGACUGGCAUGGCCACCCUUCAACUCGACACAGACCCCAACCUUAUCUACGCUCCUCGCUACAGCGACACGAUACAGGUCCCUGUCACCCGACUACAGCCAAUCAGAAACGAGAUCUACACUUCCCACCAAGUCCCGGUAACAGAAGCAGUUGUCAUGGCAAUCAAAGCCAUAUUACUGCCCCAGGACGACAACCAAUCCCUGAUGCAGCAGGCAUUGCCCAUCAAUGGGGAUGGAAACAGUCUGAACAACGAGACGUGCCGGGUCGUGGCAGAGCUACAGACCAGGGCCUGCAUGGUGCUAGCUUCCUACCUUCAGGACAUUGACUUUACCAAGGAGUUUAUUCAGCACUGUGGCUCCACCAUAGACGUACUGAAGUCCCUCGCCAAAGACUGCAGCACAGGUGACAGACUGCCGGUGAUAGAGUCACACUGUACACGUCUGAGGCUGCUUUACCGUGACUGUGCUAAACCUCCGCCACCACCAAGUAAAGUGGACACUAGAACAAACAAGGAGAUGAUGUGGGAUGCCGUGAGGACCUACCCCCCUGUCAGGGCAUGUGUCUUCUCCUCAGGAAUGACUGGUAUCACCUUCCUGGGUGACCCUAACACUGGCAGUGGCCUACCCAGGGGCACACUGCUAUAUGCCAACUUGCCAAUCCCCCUACAGGCACCAGCCUUUUACUGGGAGCUGGAAGUGUGUUCAUUUGGGGACAGCCAGGAAGAAGGAGGGGCUAUUAUAUCAUUUGGAUUUGCCCCCUCUGCUGAGAAGAAAGAUGGUGCCUGGACAAAUCCUGUUGGUACCUGUCUCUGUCUCAAUAACGGUAAGGCUGUACACUACAAUGGUGCUAGUCUGCUUCAAUGGCGGAGUGUCCGAUUGGAUGUAUUCCUCAAUGCUGGGGACAUCGCAGGGAUUGGCUGGGAGAGGACGGGUGAUGCCCCUGCCCAUGGGCAGACUCCCCGGGGACGGGUUUACUUCACACACAAUGGUCAACGGCUGAAUGCCUUCAUGGACGACGUGUCAGGGGCCAUGUAUCCUGUCGUACACAUACAGAAGAAGAAUACCAGAAUCCGUGCCAACUUUGGAGCACGACCGUUUGCGUUCGCUGAAGGCCAGCAGCACAGAGAUGCUGCAGAUGCUGCUGAUGAUCUGACGAGGGAGAUGAGGGAAAGCUUCGGGGUACUGCCCUUCCACUCCGCCUCUGACAGCGACAGUGACAGUAGUAUCCCAAACACACCUGAAGCUGCUGCAGCAGAGGUGGUCAAAUCACCAACUGGUCCACCUUCUAAGGUGGCUGUCUUACCCAAACCCCAGAAAGAAUACGAGCCUGAAGGCUGUCUGCAGUAUAAGUUGUUCAGUAGUUACGACAACUUUGUGACGACGGGUCCAGACCAGCGGGCUAACCCCGCCCCCCAGGAUGACGAGUCGGAUGAGGAUGUUGUGGAGGAUGACCAAGGAUCUGAGGAUCACUACGCUCUCCUUGUCAAGGCGUGGGAGCAGAAAGUGUUCCCUGUCAUAAGACGACGCUUCAGGAAUGAGGCUGAACGUAAAGAUGGACUAGAACAAAUCAGGGGAGCUCUACAGUUAGGUAUGACCGACAUAGCUCGACAGACGGUGGAGUUUCUGUAUGAGGAGAACGGAGGGAUCCCGCGGGACCUACACCUGCCAACGAUUGAUGACAUCAAGGAGGACCUGGCUAAAUUCACCAUAGAGCGAGUUAAGAAGGGGACAGCCGUGGUGAUACGGAACACUGCGGAAACAAGCACAGCUGGAACCACAGUCCUACCAAAGUUUGCUGUCAGGAGCAUGCUGAGGACGUUUGGUCUCACCGGCACUGUGUUGGAUGUAGAUAAUUCUAAUGAGCUGGUACAGGUGGAGACGUAUCUGAGGAGUGAAGGGGUACUAGUGCGGUUCUGGUACCCUAUCGACAUGCUAGAACGCCCUGCCCAGGGGCUACGACGCUCCACCAUCACCGGGGGCCAGAUAAUGGACACUAGUAAUGUCCAUAUUCACUGUGAACUGUUGCGAAGUGAAGCCGUACUGGUACGCAUGUACUGUAGGACUGCUCUCCUCAAACUGAUCGAUCACUGUAACUCGCCGGCCAUGGAGCUGGGCUCGUGCUCGGCCAGUCUGGGCUCAGGAAUGGCAGCCAGUGCUGCCCUGCUGCAGCAGCUGGACAUUGAGAACCUACAGCUGCUGUCUAAUGAGCUGCUGUGUGCGCCCCAACCACACGGCACCAUCAAGGCCUCGUCCCUCACCAUGGCAUCUUCACUCCAACAGUGCCUCUCCAGCCAGUCUUGUCUGCUUACUCGCCUUCUCUACUGCGAUGAGGACAAGCUCAAGCGCGAGCUCGCUGUGGCCAUCGCUCGGGCAGCCAAUCAGGGCGAAGAUUAUCUAAUAGAACUGACCAAUCAGCUCUGCUUAUGCUUACAGACUUCCCCAGAGAUGUUCCCUUAUGAGGAAUUCCCAGUCACUGAGGUCAAGGUCAACACAGACAUUAACUUUCCCGGGGCUGCCUGUCUGGUGGUGUCCUGUAAAACUGACCUUAAAGCUGCAAAGAAGGAUACAUCUCUAUACAAAUCUCCUUGGGCACGAGUGUUCUCCUACACAGGUCAUCGUGUCAAGAAAACAGGUCAGGCCACCAAACAGGAAGUGGUUAGUUACCCGAGAGACACCUCCUCCACAAGUAAUCAGAACGAACAGUACACUCCAGCUAUAGUACCAUGUGACCGUAUACACCUGAGAGUGGGUGUGUCUCCACCCCCGGGGGUGCUUCUCACAAUUCAUGCCCUGCCCCCACAGUUCCUACUGGCUGUGGCCUACAUAGAGACAUUGAUAUCAGACAGGUAUGGGUGUGGCACACGAAGCUGCGGGCCACAGGACAACAUGUCGCCCGAGGUCAGUAACAAACCUCUGGCCGGCAAGGACAUGCAUGAGAGUAUGUGGAGUGUAGAUAACAUUGUUAUAACUCCUACAGUGUUCAAACACAUCAUAGAACUUGUGUGUCGCCACCUGUGGACCAGCAACAUCCCGGCCCUUAUCAAGGAGUACAUGUUCCACCUACUGGCUCAGUCUCUCCGAAUCCUUCACUACAGUGAGGGAACCAAUGGGUGCUCCCUCCCUACACACCAUCCCCACCUGAACCCCAUCCAGGGGGUAUUGAUCCAACUCCAGGCGGAGCUUCAGCGUCUGUAUGAGGAGGAGACAAAAGGCUGGCCUUCAGCCACUCACUCCAGUGGACAGGGCAUCGGGAUUGGCGUCAGUGACAAAGGUCGUUUCUCUACCUACUUCCAGGGUUUGCUGGAGGUCAAUCUUGCCAUAGCAGAGGUCAAACACAAAGACAAUCCAAAAUCUCCAUUUGGUCCCUCAUCAUCGUCAACAGAGGCUGGAGCCUCUAGCUCACUACACACAUUAGGCAGUCCCACUUCGUCAGCCAAGAAGAAGAAGCUGAAGGCAAAGCGCGAUAAGGAGCGGGGUGGAGCGGUGCCGAAGAGGACCGGGGGAAGUCCUCGAGUGAGUGAAAGUGACAUUUCUACACUAAGUACUAGUGCAUCAUCUCUGUCCACUGCUGAAUCAUCUUCCUCCACUAGUACCGCCUCUGUUACACCCAGUACCAGUGGAGGUAGUCAGUCCGGCACCAAGCCGGAGGACAUGUUGUGGUUCCACCGUGCUCUCACAGUCUCCCAGAUCCUCCGCUGUCUGGCGUUCCGGGAGCAACACGGUGAGGGUGCCCUGGCUGCGGCAGUGUCUGACGCUGCUCAGGUGCUCAAUUCUCCUUCUGCCCACAACCGUCUCCUAGUCAUCACUGGCAUCAACAGUGAGGUGGAUGCUGAGGUCAUAAAGUGUGUGAUACGCCGGGCCAGUAAACCCAGUGGGGGUGUUUAUAAGGACGAGAUAUUUUUACCUACAGGUCGCCCUGAGAGGAAACUGCCUGAUGCUGAGUUUCUACCAGUUACGAGUGAUUCCUCCAAACAGACAAAGGAAGAGGAAAAGACAGAAAAGCCAGAGACAUCUACAAAGGAAGUGAGCAAUAUAAAACCUGAACAGGUGCGAGGGUACGCUGUGAUAAGUGUGUUGUCUCGCGCAAAGGUGGAGGUGGUACAGAAGGCUCUGCUGAAGUGUAAGUCCCUUGUAGUGACUUCCCUGCCUGACCAGGAGGAAGUACAAGAUGUCCCUGAGGAGAUUCUGUCUGUAGACACUGUCAAUGCCUCCCUCAUCGCCGAGCGGGAAGGUAACGACGCCUUGGAGCACUACCUACAGUACAUGUUUUUUAACGGUGACGACCAGAAGGAGAUUUCUGACGCGGCCACUCUCGCCCUGAUAGAAAUCUUCCACAGCUGUUUUAUCAUGGAGCAGAAACACGGUACCGGAGAGUACAAGCAAGAGUCUGGCUUCAUCUGUUUGGGUAAGGACCAGAUCCUACAGAACAUGCCAGAGAAUCUCCUUUGUGUCUUCUUCAAUCACAUCAAACCACCAAAGAAAUCCCUCGCCGAGCAGGUGAUGCAGGUGCUGCGUCGUUAUGGAAUGAUGAAAUCCCCUGACAAAGAAAUGUCUCCUGGUGCUGAUAAGAAUGGGAAGGGAAAGUCAGCUAAGAAGAGUCCUCGUUCCUCAAAGGAGAAGCUUGUGAUGGGGGUUGUGGAAAAGACAAGUCACCACAAAGACCGAAAGAGUAAAGGGAAGGAUGGUCCAGAGAAGUCCUCUAAGGAUGCUGGGACGUCUGACUCGGCUGCGAGGGGGAGCAAGUCCUGGUUACAUGAUGACUCUAAGUACCUGACGCUGGACGGAUUCCUCCAGUACGUGCUGGAGAUGGCCAGACAGGACGUCCGAGCUGUAUGGAGGGCACUUCUGUCUUGUGGAUUUGAUCUCAACUUUGAAAGGUGCGCCUGUCUGGACAAUAGCCAGGCCCAGCAGAUGGCUGCCCAGUGGUCACUCGACAUGGACACGUCCCUGGUACAGUACAUCAACGCCUUCUGUAGGAAACUGUCGGUGGCGCCCUCACGCCUACAUCCUCACGAAGUACAAUUAACGGAGGCGGAUCUAAGCAGCGGCAAGUACAGCUGUCUCCAAGGUGUUCCUGUGGAGAGUGUCCGCCUAAGGUUUGCUCUGCUCCAGUCCCUGAACAACACACUAGAGACCUUCUUCCUGCCUCUGGUUGACCUUCGACCUGCUAACACCUGUAACCGCAGUACUGCCGCUCUCCUUUCCAAGGUCAGACAUCUGGUAUUCUACGACUCCAAGGUCAACUUGAUGAACCGUGUUUUAAAUGCCACAGCACAAAGAAAACCAGACCAGGCAGCACCGGAGAUUGUACUGGACCCACUGGAGACAUUUAGUGGGGAGGAGAAGACGUCCCUGUUGACAUGGCUGUGUCAGGCGUUCAGACAGUUGUCCUCUGUACCCUCCAGUCAGUUCUGUGUGAGGCUCGCUAGUGGGGGAGAUCCCACCUACUCCUUCAAUGUGAGGCUCACUGGGGAGGAGGUACACGGAACAAGUGGGUCGUUCCGUCAGUUCCUGUCCCAGGUAGCCAAAGAGUUACAGGGUUCAUUGGUCCGGAUGCUGGUGCCCUGUAGUAGUAGCAACAACAUGGGAAAACACAUCCUCAAACCUGGACCCAUGACUUUCCCCGAGGAGCGGCUUCUACAGUUCUUUGGACAGUUACUUGGGAUCACGAUGAGGGCAGACAUCCCCCUAGGUAUGGACCUACUCACCUGUUUCUGGAAAGUGUUGGUGGGAGUAAACCUUGACCCAGUUACUGACCUUCAAGAGGCUGACCAAAUAACCUACAACUAUAUCAAGAAAAUAGAAAUGUGUGAGUCGGAGGCUGAGCUCCAGACCCUGUGUGCAGAUGUCUACCCCAGGUUUGUGUUCAACUCCCUGGCCGGAGAGGAAGUUGAGCUUGUUCCCAAGGGUAGCAACAUACCUGUAUGCUGGGAGAACCGACAGGAGUAUUUAGACGCUAUCCGGUCCCUGAGGAGCCAGGAGUUACAAUGUGAUGAGAGAGUACUUGCCCUUCACUGUGGUUUGGCCUCACUCAUCCCCAUACAGUUACUCUCCCUCCUGUCCCCCCUCGACACAGAGAUACGUACCUGUGGAAUUCCUGUCGUCGACCUCGACUUCCUCAAGGCCCACACAAUGUACCAAGUGGGUCUGAUGGAGACCGACACCCACAUAGAGUACUUCUGGAACACCCUGGAGAGUCUAGGUCCUGACGAUCUGUGUCGCUUCAUCAAAUUCUCUUGUAACCAGGAGAGGAUUCCUCAGACAUGUCCAUGUAAGGAGGGCGGAGCCGAUUCCGCACACGUUCCUCCCUACCCCAUGAAGAUAGCUCCCCCUGAUGGGGCAGGUACACCAGACUCGCGUUACAUACGGGUGGAAACGUGUAUGUUUAUGAUCAAACUACCACAGUAUUCCUCACAGGAAAUCAUGACUCAGAGACUGUUGUACGCGAUAAACUGCCGCGAGGACCCCCUCAGUGGCUGACCCUUACCCACCUCUGGCUAACCCCGUGUGCGCUAAUCUCUUAUUUAUUGUUUGGUAGAAUGAGCUAUAGACACCCAAUGUGUAUAGAUGUUUUAUAUAGAGAUGUGUAUAUCUGUUACUGGAGAUUUAUUCAACUGUGUAUUUUACAAACAAACAAUUAUAAUGAGAAUGUGAAAUGGCUCAUUUCUGUUGGAAAGAAUUGAUGACAUUCAAUAUCCAGGACUGUGAAAGGGAGAAGCGAUUACGAAACCAAUCUUCUGAGGAAGUAGAAUGCUGAAAAGUGAUGACAAGACAAUUUUUGUGUAAGUAGAGAGUGAUGACAAGACAAUUUUUGUGUAUGUAGAAAGUGAUGACAAGACAAGUUUUGUGUAUGUAGAAAAUGAUGACAGACACUAUCUGUGAAUGUGUCUUGUACUUACUGGCUUGUGAAGGGAACAUGUUUGUGUUGCUAUUUAUGUUGAAGUUGGGAAUGUGUGAAUAUGAAGAAUUUGACCACUCAAAGUGGAGGCUGUUUAGAGAGUUGAUGAAAGCGGAGUCACUGCAUGUGAGAUGUCUGUAUGAUGGUAUUAUGUGGCGACUGGAUUCUUAUAUACAAAAUGAUACGGAGGUAUAUUACACCGUGAUGUUUUCUAACAGUUUUCUUUUUUUAUGCUCUAGACUGCUGUUUGUUAUAAUUCACUUGUUUGUUUAUGCUUUAUUUGACUUCAUCUUUAUUAUUCUAUAACACUAUAGAACAUCAUUAUUACAGACUCAAUAGUCCAGACAGGUGAUAACAUUAAGGCAUGGAAUUACACUUUAAUUUAUAAUUCCUUUUUUGUGAAACAAAUUGUCUGGACUAAUGAGUUUACCCUGUGUAGAAUAUUAAGUCUGUAAUACACUAGACCUGUGUCUAGUAUGUUCCUGUUAAUGUCUUUUAUCUCUCGAACCUGACACAAUAACAGGGUAACAAGUGUAAUCAAUGAUACAUAUCUUACUGUCAUAGAAAUUUAAACAUUUUUCUAAAAUUCUUGCUUCUUGAAAUGAAAUCCGGUAACAUUACUACUGAAAGUUUAUACAUUAUCUGAUAUAAGAUGUCGAGAUCUGUGGUGAUGUAACAGUGGGUCUAUGUUAUAACUAUUACCAUGACUAAUCAACAUUGUCAGUGGAGUGAACUCCUAAUUACUGAGUGCUGUACACGAGAUAAUUAGUGUAUGCUAUAUGUUAUGUGUGGUAUACCAGAGUUUGUCAUGUGUGAUAUGUAGGAUGCUAUACUGUAAAGUGGAAAUUAUUGCAGUGUGAAAAUGCUUACAUUUUUUUCAUUGAAUAAAAAUAUCAACACACAGAUAUAUUGCUAAUAACCAUUGCUAAUAUGAACAUGCUCACACUGCGAACAUUUCCACUUUUACAGGGCAGUACCAUGUAUAAAAUAGUAUGUUGUGUGUGGUAUACAUAUUACUUACAUAAUGUUUUAUUGACUGUAUACGAUAUUUACCUGUUUUGUGAUGGUUUUAUUGGGUGAGGCAAAGAAGAACACAUAUACCAGACACAAACCAGAUUAAUGUCGGAUCUAGCCGGUGAAACAGUCGAUACAAUCAAAAGUUAUUUUGAGUAGGAUUUAUAACUUGAACAGGCCACAUGUAAGAACCAAUGGGAGAACACCUUUCUAGCCAUGGAAGGUAUGUGUAGUGUAUAUCCAACGAGUGCUAUUUAUCAGGUAUAUCUUGGCUGAAUACAACUGUACAUUAAUGGCUGAACACAACUGUAUGGUGUGUAGUGGUCAUUGUUUACAUUUUAAUACAUGAGUUCGGUGUUGUCUUUAGAAUGUGUUCACACGUUAUAGUGUCGUGAAAUAUUAAGGAUUUUAUUGAUAUGUUAGAUUUAAUUUAUUGGUAUGGCAAAUCCCAGUGAAGGGAGAUCACACUAUUUAUAUUUCAUUUUUUGCAUCAUUAUUAAGUUGUUUGCAUUGCCGAGUGGCCGUCACCGUGAAAGUUUAUGUUAAAGCAUUUAUUGUCGAGAUUUUAGUGUAAAAAAUUAUACGAAUGUAAUAAUUGGUCUGUUAAUCCAUUAUUUUAUUGAGUUUGAAUGUUAGGCUGGUUAAAAUCGUUUUAUUGAAUUUGAUGAUAAUGCUGUUAAAACCUGAUUUUAUUUGUCUACACUUCAAUACUGUUUCUUCCAAAUUUAAAUCUAAAAUCAGAGCUGAGAUGAUUUACAUUCUGUAUGCAUUUAUUGUUAAAUCAUCUGUAUUGAGACCAUGUGUGAGGUCCACCUGCAGGUUUGGAUUAAGAGUUUGCAAUUGGUUCAUAAACUAUUACAGCUAGAGUGUGAUGUUGAGGAACCAGAACGGUUCUGCAGUAAAACUAAGUUCUAUUUACAAACUGCAAGGAAAACCAGCGUGUAGUCCUGCACACCACCAGAACUCGCCAGAAGCCUGUGUUUAUCUCUAGUACUUUCACUUUUGAUGCUGAUUUAUGUUAUCACUUUUUCGAAAAUAUGUUAUAUUGCAUACAGAAUGUAACUUUGGCUGAUAUUUAAGUUUUUCCCUCUGAAAUAAUUCACCGCUACAGAUCCCAACGAUCUGUAAUGGUGAUCAGGGGAGAUAGAAACAAUAAAAGGUACAUGUAACUUUCCCCUGUAAUAACAGCCAAUAGAAGUACAUGUAACCCCUGUAAUAACAGCCAAUAGAAGUACAUGUAACCCCUGUAAUAACAGCCAAUAGAAGGUACAUGUAACCCCUGUAAUAACAGCCAAUAGAAGGUACAUGUAACCCCUGUAAUAACAGCCAAUAGAGGUACAUGUAACCCCUGUUAUAACAGCCAAUAGAAGUACAUGUAACCCCUGUAAUAACAGCCAAUAGAAGGUAUAUCUUUGUCUUUUAUAUGCGUACGUUAUCUUCAGAUUGUUGUCACAGUAAUGCAUUUCCAUUAUCAAAGGUAUUAAAUAUCUUAUAACUUGUA